UACACAUAUACCGCACUGCGUGCGUGUCAAGCUGGCUGGCCCAAUUCCCUCGGCAACCCACCACCUCCACAGUCAACAAUGGGGCGCUGGGCUGGACUACCUGACUGACCUAACAACCUGACCUGAACCCCUCAAAGUGCCCUGCCCGACUCGUCCAAAACCAAAAACCGAUGCGUGUAUCCGCGUCUUAGCUGCAUAAGACGCAUGAGACCGCUUCUUUGACCGGCCGUCGAAUAGAGCCUUGGUCCAAUUGAAUGCACCUCUCCCUUCUCUUCCUUCUGCCGGUUCACCAAUUCAUCCAGAAAAUACUGCAGAAGCUUGCCCUUUAACGUUACAAUCUGCACACCGCGAGUGGAGAGUGGAAACAACUGACACUCGAGCCACGACAGCACAGCAGCUGCAUCUCCUGCAUCCGCUGCAUCGUCGGCAUUCUGUUCUGUCAGCGGUGGGAAAGGGAUACAAACACGUAGGAAUACCUUCUCUCCUUCUCUUCCUUUCUCUCUUUCUCUUUCUCCGUCUUCUGUUCUCUUAUUUUGCCUCUUAUCGCAUAUUACAAUACCCAUAAAUACCUGUUUCAAGCACCGCUCCUUCCCCCCGUGGCUUCACAGUGUCCAGUCGUGUCGCGUUUGCCGACAGGUGCCCAUUGUGCUUGCUGGCCCAAACCGCACUGUACCUACCUCACCAAGCAGAGCCGCGUCGCAGUAUCUGUGACGUGCAACUCAACUCCCAACGAUGCAUAAUCGAAGAGACCGAGACCCAUAUCGAGAACGAGAAAAGCCCGAAACCAUGGAUCCCGACUGUGCGAUCUGCUCGUCGCCCGCGCUCGCACAAUGCGACUGCGAGGCAAAGGGCCUCGACACCGCUGUCCGCCAGGCUGAGACCCGGAUGAUGACCACCUUCUUCGCCGACAUCCGAGCCUGGGUCCGCGGCCACGCACAAGACUACAUCCUAACGUACUUCAACGUCCUCACCACCCGCCGCCGCGACUCGCACUCAAUGCACAUCGCGCACCUGACCGAGCGCGCACUCUACUACUACGGCACGCGACCACACCCUACCGAGAUCGCCGCCGCCAACGCAGAACUGAAGCGGGGUAUUGACGAAGACUGGCGCGCCAGCGUGCAGCGCUACCCCGAGGUCCUCGAGUACUUCUACAGCCUGGUUACCUUCACCCUGCCGCGCGACGACGACUCGGCCGUUAAGGACCCGCCGCUGAGUGCACUGACGGGGGCGAGGAUGCGAGAGAUGAGCGGGGGAGGAGGGAAGGGGAAAAGGCAGGAGCGUGUGGAGGCCGGAAGGAGCACGCCGGGUCUAGGAAGCAUCAGGAGACCACCGCCGCCGCCGAGCAGCGGGUAUGCGUAUGGUGGACGGUACUGAGGGACUGGAAGAUAGGGUGGGAAUGUAACGACGAUCGAUGUCUGUGUGGGCGGGUGGCUGGAUUUCUACUUGUUUUGAUGUUUGCAAUACUCAUGUUUUCGCGCUGGGGCGUCUGGUUCGGCAUCGGGGAGCAUAACAUAGCACUGGCGCCAUGCGUAUUCCACAUCUUCUAAAUUGCGCAAAGGGAUGACACAGGGAGGG